GCCUCCACUCUUUCCAUUGGGCUAAACCGCGCAAUCUUUAAUAUUAAUUCAAGGAAGAAUAAAGUAUCAAAAGCAUUCAACCCCAUAAUCGUCAUUUCACAUAAACAUCCCCCAAAUAAAAACCACUACCCAUUGAAACAAAAAAAAAAAAAAAAAAACAUAGUAAAAUGCAAAUACCCAACAAUUUUAAUAGUACAUGACAAUAUUAUUCUCUAUCUUCAUCAUCAUCGUUCAUAGUUUUGUUUUGUCUUUCUUCUUAUUCUUACCUCAUUCCUUUUUUUCAAUUUCAAACCUUUUCCUGUCCCUCUCUCUCAAUCAAAUGAAUUUCUUCAACCCCUCUGACGAAAAAAAAAAACAUCUUUUUACCCACCCAGAAUUGACACAACCACAUUUCUCAAUUUUCCGACGAGAAUCUUAUUAGGGUUAAUCGGAGAAGGUGGUUGUUUUUUUUUUCAAUUAAGGAGGUUGGUGUUUUUUUUUUCUGUUAACGUUAGCACCGGGUGCGUAGGAUUAGGAGCCUUGAAAAAAACAAGUGGUGUUUUGCUUUAAUCGUGAACGUACACGUGUACGAAGAUGGGAGCAGAAGUGAUUGUGACGUGGGGGACAUGGGAGGAGCUUCUUCUUGGUGGAGCUGUUAUCCGGCACGGUACUGGUGAUUGGUCCGUCGUCGCGGCGGAGCUCCGAGGGAGAACUCAUUCUCCUUCCGCUAUUACACCCGAGGUCUGUAAAGCCAAAUAUGAAGAAUUGCAACAGCGCUAUUCAGGCUGCACGGCUUGGUAUGAGGAGCUUAAGAAGAGAAGAGUAGCAGAGCUUAAGCGAGCUUUGGAGAAAUCAGAAGAUUCAAUUGGGUCUCUUGAAUCAAAGCUUGAAUUCCUCAAGGCCGACAAGAAUGAGAAAAGAGAUGAUUGUCAUGUUGACAACAACUCAGUUGGACCAGAAUUAGAUGUUCCUUCACAGAAAUUGGAGAGAGUUGAAUCUUCCAGUAAAGAGUUGUCAAAGGAUGGGCUAUCUGCUGGGAGUUUUACACACCAAACCGAUACAAACUGGUCUCAUGAAUGCCAGGUUCCAGCAAUGUCUUCUGAAGACAUGGAGAUUUCGGCUGGUGUUUCAGGGUCUAUUGAACAUGAGAAAGUUUUGAAUAUAGAUAAGUUGACAGAUACAGCUGGGAAAAGAGAUGAUUGUCAUGUUGACAACGAAUCAGUUGGACCAGAAUCACAUGUCCCUUCACAGAAAUUGGAGAGAGUUGAAUCUUCAACUAAAGAGACGUCAAAGGAUGGGUUAUCUGCUGGGAGUUUUACACAUCAAACCCAGACAAACUGGUUUCAUGAAUGCCAAAUUCCAGCAAUGUCUUCUGAAGACAUGGAAAUUACGCCUGGUGUUUCAGGGUCAACUGAACAUGAGAAGGUUUUGAAUGUAGAUAAGUUGACAGAGACUGUAUAUGAAGGACAGGGAGGGUGUUUUAAAAAAAGGAGAGGAAAGAGAAAGAGGAAGGAUUGUGCCAGAAAUAUUAAUGAAGCGAGUGUGAGAGAAAGUGAUUUUUCAAUUGUCGUGUCCCGGUUGAAAGAAAGUUCUACCAGCAAUUGUGGUGAGGUUGUCAAAUCUUCUGGUGUAACUGAGGAGAACACGAACUUGAAAAAGGAUGGAACAAAAGAUCUGAUGGCGAUUUUAGAUUCUAUUUUGGAAAUUAAAGGUGCUUCUUGCUUCUGUCGCAAGCAUGAUAGCCAGCAGAAGCGACAAAGGUACAAGCAGUUAAUCCAGAGACACAUGGAUUUUGACACUAUAAGGUCAAGAAUUAGCAACAAAACAAUUGAUUCAGUGGUGCAACUUUUCAGAGACAUGUUUCUAUUGACCACCAAUGCUUUGAUGUUCUACUCCAAGAACACCCGUCAAUAUAAAUCUGCACUACUCAUGAGAGAUAUUGUCAAAGAAAAACUGACGGAGAACAGGAGGAAUGUCAUACAUUCUAAUGUCGACACUGUCUGCGCUACUCCUUCUCUGAAAGUCCCAAGUGUCCGCCCUUGUAACCAGAAGAUUAAUGCUGCAAAGGCAGCUGAUGGCAGCGAUCCUGCCUCGGGGGUCUCAAAUAAAGCCAAGAAGCCUAGGACUGGUGGUAGUAAAGAGAAUUCUCUGUCUUCGGUGAAAACCUUACACAUCAAGAAAGCUGUCGGUGGAUCUAAAAAACAUGAACCUUCAACUCCGAAUCUAAUGAAGGAAAUGAAGGAAAAGAAAAGACGGAGAACUAGGCUAUGAUGCCAAUGAUUUGAAACAUGUUAUGUGAAAAAUAGAUAGUUCUAGAUUACAGUAACUAACUGGUGGUUUUACAUCUGUCAGAAAAUCUUGUGUAGUUCGACUUUGUACAUGUUAAUUUUGUUUUUGCCAAAAGGAAGUAUAUCAAAUGGAGAAGUGACAACAUAGGAUAUUGGCACAUCGUGUUUGCUUGUGCUCGUUUACAA